GUCACCCGAGUCAGCUUUUCGAAACCCUCGCUGUUCUUUCUUGUUCUCUAAACUCAGUACAAAACGACACUUGAGAAACAACCACCACUGUAACACUAAUCUAUUCUUCUCGCUUCUCUUUCACAUGAGAUAGCUACUUGUAUUUCUCUAUUAAUCUCCCCCCUUCCUGCUGCAGCUUUUGACAUUCUCAAACCCAACACUCCAGCUCUUCUCCCCCUAUAAACUACUCCCUCGAGUACUCUCUUCUUUCACGCUCUCACACUCCCUUGUUCCCUCUUCACUCUGUUUCUUCUGCCUAUUAAUAUACUCUCUUUCUGCUCUGUACUCUCCGUGAGGGUUUCAGUUCAGACAUGUACAUGAGGGAGGAGGAGAAGCUUCCGGGAGGUGGAGGAGGAAGGAGGAGAAGAAACCCUUCUUUCUCUUCUUCUCUUCUUGAUUCUAUUUACCGUUCCAUUGAUGAAUCCAACUGUGGGGAAGGGGAUGUGGGGUUUGUUAGAGAGUCGAGGAAACAGAGCAGCUCUGUUUCAAAGCGUGAAGAGGCUAAAGGAGGAGGCGGUGGGAAGACCAAUCUUCGCCGAGCUAUGAUGAUCGAGAAUUGGGUUGAGAGGCAGAGCGUUCAUAGCUCUAUGUUCACGAACUCGGCUUCGAGUUCUUCAGAGUCGAGCUCCGGAGCUGCAUUCUCUUCUUCGGAUCAAACAGAGUCGAGCUAUAAACGACGAUCGAAACAGAGUCCGGUGGUGCUGUCUGUUCGCUCCGAAAAUAUGGAGAAGGCGAAAAGCCAGAGUGGAAGUGGAGGUGGAGGUGGGUUUACGAAGACGAAGCUUAGAGCUCUGAAAAUCUACGGCGAGUUGAAGAAAGCCAAGCAGCCCAUUUCGCCGGGAGGUAAAAUCGCGAGCUUCAUCAACUCGAUUUUCAAUUCCGGGAACGUCAAGAAAGCCAAGAUGUGUUAUGUUGGAGCUGUAGAAGACGUGAGCACUUCAGAGCACGUAAACAAGUCUACAUACUCUUCUUCUUCGGCUUCAACUUUCUCAAGGUCUUGUUUAAGCAAACCAUCUUCGAGGUCCACGAAAUCGAGCAAUGGCAACAAGAGGUCUGUUAGGUUUUAUCCAAUAAGUGUGAUUCUUGGUGAAGAUGAUUCUAAUAUUUCAAGCCAUAAAUGUGUUUAUGAACAAGACCCUAGCUUGAUGCCAAAGCCUACAUUUCAAAAAUAUGCAAGAACUUCUGGUCAGAGUUUCCGGAGAAGCUUCUGUGAAGAUGUUGAUGAUGAUGAAAGUGAAGCUGAGAGUUAUUCAAGUUCAGAUCUUUUCGAGCUUAAUCAGCCUGUUGGUAUUGGUAGAUAUACAGAAGAGCUUCCAGUUUAUGAAACCACUAAUUUCAGAACCAAUCAAGCCAUUGCCAAAGGCUUGAUAUUGUAAUUUUCCUUCUUUAUUCAAAUUCAUGAAG